CCCGAGAGAUAGCAAGGUUUUCUUCAACUCCGAUUCAAAGUCACUCUGGUGUUUUCCGUACGUCAAAAACAGAAUAUAAAUUUCUGAUUCAUCUACGGAUAAACUUGAAAACUGUCUUCUUUUUUUUUUGGUUGUGUAAUUGAACGAGACACCGGAGCUUUCUCCUCGUAAUUACAUGUAGUCAUAAAGCAUUAAAAAUAAACCACAGUUUGAAGAAGGACAAAGGGAUUUAUUCGUGGAGUGAAUAAUUUCUCAACAUCUAUAUUGCUCGAAAAUUUGGUAGCAGAGAUGGCGGUCAUGCGACGUUGUUGCUGUUUCGAUAAUACGCGGUCUGGUUCAAUAGCAUGUGGGAUAUAUUCAAUGAUAUACAGCGCUGUGUACCUAGGAUGGUGGAUAAAACAGUAUCUUAGUAUCAAGCUAAUCCAAGCUUUCAACCCGUUUGGAUUGAAUUAUGGCGCCAUCUACGCCGGAUACAUCAUCAAUUUUCUUAUCCUCUCUCUCCUCUUCGUCGCCUGCAUACUUCUCCUGAUCGGAGUUACCAAGGAUAACAAGGUACUGCUACUACCCUACAUAAUUCUCCUCGGACUACUUCUCUUCUUUCAACUAAUUAGCUGGAUUAUCUGGCUUGCUGUACUGGGAUUCUUUGCCAUCCUUCUCAUCAUAGACUUCGUUGUCUGGCUCGGAUUCCUGUCUAUGAACAUUGUCUGCUUGCUGUGUGUUAUCUCCCAGUACCAAGAACUGCAUGAAGGACGUGGCAAGGUGGCAGACAUCGAAGCCGCUCGAGCAUCGCGGGUCGUGGUGAUACAACCGGGAGGGGUACAAGCAGGGGUAGUUACCACCACCACAUAUGCAGGCAACACCACAGUCAUCACCGCCGCCCCCGGACAGCAGGCAUACCCGCCACCGCAGCAGGGGUACCCUCCAGCACAACAAGGGUACCCUCAGCCACCGCCUCAGCAACAAGGUUACCCUCCAGCGGGCCAGAUGCCCGGCCAACCAGCGGAUCCGGCACCAGGUUACUCCCAGCAAGACCCAGCCCAACAGCAACAAGGCCAGUCCUACCCAACAAAGUAAAGAGAUUCCUAUCCUGCCUAUGGUGGCUCUGAAGUACGGUCACGCACGACUAAAGUUCGCGAUUUCGUUGCAACGUUUGCAACUGUAGGUCGCGAAGGUUGCGAUUUUCGUUGCAAAGUGUGUAAUUCCAGUCGUAAAAUUUAAGAUUUAAAAUCGCAAAGUUUGCAAAGAUUCAUGUCUAAAAUUGCAACAAUUGAAAUUUUCGUUCCAAACUUUGCAAUUUCAGUCGUGAAAUUCGCGAUCUUUUUAGUCGCAAAGUUUGCAACGAAAGUCGCCAGCUACCCAACUCUUGUGUAAUGUGUAUGUAUUCGACCGCGAUUCAAACCCACCAGUUUCCCGUAUAGUAGCUGAAGACACAACAUUAUUUCAGAAACUCCGAAAGGUCACAAUGAUACAAAAAAUCUCACUAAAAAAUCGCCAAUAUCAUGAAUAUUUUUGCGACGAAAUGUUGGAAGUUUUAUUGUCUUGGAUAUUAUUCACAACGAAGUUCACGGAUAGUCCAACUCUUUUUUAUAGCCGUCCUAAGUAAUAAUACAAAGUCGUUUGUCAUGUUUCUGGAAACUCUCAAUCUCUGAAGGCACCUCCCUUUUCAAAGUCCUUAUGAAUUUGAGAAUCAAACCAUCUUGGUUUGACGACCAGACCCUGAGCGAUACAUAAAGUCAACUUACAACAUUGAGCCCAACUUGACCCCAUUCUAAACUCGGGUUUAAGACAUACCUCUGGUCUAAAGUUGUGGUAUUGGAUAAAAUGGUCCCGACUUGUCGGGAAUCUAAAGUGCCCUUUUCUCGAAUAAUCGGGUAAACUAGACCCGGCACUCUUCUCGAAUAUUUGGAUAUACGCGAUUGUCCGACCCGACGCGAUAACCCGAUGUGAUGGUAUACAUGCCGGUAAUUUUAAGUCUUAACUACCCAAAAUUCUUUCAGUUAUGAUUAUGUGUUUGUUCUCAUUGUUAUUGGAUUUAAUGUGAAGUAAUGAUUGAAACAUGUGUUAAUUUGUGACAGGCUGAUAUUGUGAAUUAUGCAAAGUGUAUUUUUUGUUUGAAAUUUCCAAUUUCCAUUAAUUUUCCACUUGUGAUACCAGUAUAAAUGAAUCCUGUUUUGCCCCUUUAAGCAGUAAUAAUGAAAAUGGCUCUCAUUUUUUGUGAAAACUUAUUUCUUCAAGGUUGUUUUAAAAAAAUGAAAGAAAACGGUGAUUUAUUUUCUGACGUGAAGACUUGACACCCCUAAAGUAAGAAAAUCCUCUGCCCAAAGUCUGAAAUUCUUAAUCUGCACCGAUUCAUCGACCCACAUGUUCAACCUUUAUUGAACACUUGACAUUGUAGUUGCCUGACGAAUAUGUCGGAAUUUGAAUUGGCACUUUCAUCUUCAUGGACCCUACUACAUGUUUUAUUAUAUCUGUAAAUAUAUGACUAAAUAUUUUGUGUUAGAAAUGUAUAGAACGUCCUAAUAAUGGGUGUGUAUGUACAUACGAACAAAAGAGAAUUAUAAUUGUUAAUUGAGAAUGAAGAAAUACCUUCUUGCAUUCUUAUUACAUUUAUUUUUAUCACUUUAGUAUCAGAUUAUUUGGGAUAAAAAUCGUAAAAUUAUUUGUACAUAAAACUUGAUGACAGAUUUUGAGUGUUAACCUUUUUUCACUGUCAAGAUAUAUAUUUUUUUCUUCUGUCCCCAUCGUUUUAAAAUUCGAGCAUGCCCAGAGCCAGCCGUGCUAAAGGCAUAAACAUGAUUCUAUUAUUUCCAGUAAAUUUACCGUCCUUGAAUGAAAAAAUCUCAUAUUGAGUAAAUACUCUUUAUAAUUCAUGCCUUUUAUAUCAUCAUUCCUGAUUACUUGUAUUGAUAUUUCAUUCUGCAUGCUUGCUGCACCAUUGUUAUGGUAAAACAUAUACAUAUAUUUCUCAUUUUACCUCAUUUUUACUUGGUGUAAUCUAGAGAUAUUUUAUAUAUAUAUAGUAAUAGCUAUGUUUAUUUGGUAUGUGGAUUUACGAGUAAGCUUAGUAUGAAUAAAAUGAUGUAUUAUGCACUUAUGACCAAUUGGAGGUUUGUUUGAA